CGCCUGGACAACAUGCGCCGCGCGCUGAAGCCUUCACCGGCGUCAACCACAGCGUCCCAGCGCCCCACACCAACCGACUCGGACGAAGAUGAGCGCAGAUCCUCCAGCAGCGCCGAGGGUGCGCGCGUGCAGCCGCUGGAGUCGCAGCUGAAGCCCAGAAAAGACGGCAGCGUCCGUGUUGCUGUGCGGAUUCGGCCCAUGCUGCCACGCGAGCUGGCGCAUAACGCCUCCACGUGUGUGAGCAAGUCCAGAGGGGAGGAGAACGCCAUCGAGUUACACGACGGAGCCACGGGAGAGCGGAAAUUUACAUUCGACCACGUUUUCCCACAGACAGCCACACAAACUGAGCUGUACGAUGCGGCUCUGCAGCCGUGGAUGGUGUCGUUUUUACAGGGUUUUAACGUCACGGUGAUCGCAUACGGCCAGACGGGGUCCGGCAAGACCCACACGAUGGGGAACCACAUGCCGUCUACGUCUUUGCUGUCCAAUAAUUUAUUUGCCAGAUCUCCGUCAACUGGUGACAGCGAUGAGGAGUCUGUAGACACUGUGGACAGCGACGAAGGCCUGAUCCCCAGGUUUCUCCAUCAGUUAUUCGCAAAACUCAACGAUUCGGGAAGCAAAUUUCAGCUGUCGGUGUCGUUUCUCGAGAUUUAUGGAGAAGAUAUUCACGAUUUACUGGAUUCUGGAUCAAAUCGACGCUCGGAUCCACUGCAGUUGAGAGAGAACAAGAAGAACGGUGUGUGGGUGCAAGGACUGACAGAAGUGCGAGUGUCUAAUAGACAGGAAGCCAUGGAACAGAUGCGGAGAGGAUCGAUGCAGCGAAUCACGGCCAGUACUCAGAUGAAUGAGCGAUCGAGUCGCUCGCACGCUGUGUACACUGUCAAGAUCGUCCAGAGAGUGUCCGAGCAGGAGUCCAGGACGAGCUCUUCUGUGUCUAACAACCAGAAUAUGGAGAGUGUGAGGAAACACAUGAUCAAGACUGCGGUUGGGUCGACUGGUGAAGACUUGGGUCUUGAGUCUACAGAAUCCGACGCAGUGAUUGUGUCAAAGCUUACGUUUGUGGAUCUAGCAGGCAGUGAACGGUUGAAAAAGACGCACGCAGAAGGUGAGCGGAUGAAGGAGGGUAUUCAGAUCAACGUGGGUCUGUUUGCUCUAGGCAAUGUCAUCAACGCACUGGGCGAUGAGAAGCGUCGAGCAGCUUCACAUGGGCAUGUUCCCUACAGGUCUUCCAAGCUAACUCGAUUGCUGCAAGAUGCACUCGGCGGUAACAGCAGGACACUCUUCAUUGCGUGUGUAUCUCCAGCAGAUUCGAACGCGAACGAGACGUUAAAUACGCUUCAAUACGCCAACAGAGCUAAGAACAUCCAGAACAAGGCCGUAAAGAACAUUGACAGUCGCUCGGCCGAAUUGGUGAGCUUAAAGGCUUUCAACCAGCUGCUCUGUCGCGAACUCGUCAAGGCGAUUUUGGCUGAAGACGGUGACGUGGAUCAUAUAGUGGAAACAUGCAUGACGAACCCAAAGGUGUUAGCGUUUCUGAACAGCAUCGAGCAGGUCUCGGCGUCAGCAGAUUUGGAGUCCUCGAGCGACGAGCGUUUGUUCGAGACGCGGCGUCUGGUGGGUGGCCUUACCACUUAUCUGCAUGAACUGGUACCGAAUGGCGGAUGCCGACGCCCUGCAUCGCUGGCGAGUUCGAAUGAAGAAAAAGUCGAUAACAUGCAGCCACAAGAUGAUACUUUGGACUUUAUCAGUGACAGCAGCUCAUCGGUGGCUAUUAUGGAGGAGCAAAGACUUGAUACGGACGGAGCCUUCGAGAGGCCAUAUCCACUGAGCAAGCUGUGUCGCACGUUGGAGAUCAUGAAUGCUGCGUUCGAAAUGCAAGAAAUUCAACACGUUGAAAGGCGCCAGAAAGAAUCGGUCAGUGCCAAAAUCGCCAACUUGGAGACGCGGUAUCACCGGCAAGAGCUGUUACGCACUGGACUGUCGAGUAUGAUAGAGAGGAUGCGAACGUGGCUGUCGUCAGGUGCAUCGAGCCAAGUUUCAAGUGGAAUAACAACGGUCGAACGCAAUUUGGAAGCAGCAGUAGAGAAGUUGGAGCUGAUGGAUAUCGAGAUGGAGGACAUGCAGCGCAAGAAAGUGACGUUGAUGUCUGAAUUGGAGGCGGAAAUUACGCGUUGCCAGAAUGAGUGGAAGCUGAAACAAACCCAGAUUGAGCGAAUGAGGGAGACUCCAGAAGAAGCAACCACAAACGGACUAAACGUGUUGACUCGCAGGACCGAAAUUAAGGUCCGCUUUGACGGCUACGAUUUAGACGAUAUUUCAGAGUUCCUCAAGGAUGAAGAGAAAGAGAUGGCCGCCUUUAUUGACGAAGAUGACGCAGCAAUAUCGUUGAUGACGCCUCUGUUCUUGAAAGAAGAGUUGUCUUCGUUGCAAGCACGUGAGAUUCUAGCGAUGAUUCAGGAUCAGCUUAAGAUCGCAUUUGACAAAGAAGCUCUUGAGGCAUCGAUGAACAAGGAGCUACGUAAACGAGCGCAGUUGUUCCGGAACAUCACGAGUGGGCUGAUGGCGUGUAAGCGUGGAGAGAUGACGGAGCAAGAGUUCAUGGAGAAGAAUGAACAAGAUCUGAGAGACUGUGAGGACAGCAUCUCUCAGCUUCGUGAUGCGAUGCGUGCCAAGCGCGAUCAACGAGCCUCCAUGAUGGAGAUAUUGGACUCGAUCAAGUCUCUAGAUGUGGCGAAGGACGUGAUAAAACGCCUUAUCGUGGAGAAUUAUUCGCAAUGGAGAAUGUACAUGGCAUGUGAUGAAGAAGAGGAGUUGAGGAAGCAGCGAGAAGCCGAGGAAGCUCUGAACCAAAACCUUGCAAAGAUGAAGAGUGAUAUGGACAAGAAGGUGGAGACGCUCGAAGAGAAGUACACAAAGGACGUACAGUGCGCGAUGCAGAUGGUGACGAGUUUUAACGACGCUAUCGGGUCAAAUAAGCAUCCUCAAAAAGCAGAGGUAGUCAGCAAUGUAGCAGCCCUGGAAGAGCGAGAAAGGAUGCUUGUCGGUCAAUUGGCGGAACAGGAGGGUCAAAUGGCGGCAAUGCGCGCAGAGUUGGAACGCUUCCAAUCGUCUGCGAAGAGCAUGGAGAUGAAGGAGGAAUCCUUCCGCUUGAUGAACAGAUGCCAGGAGAUUUGGAAAGAAUUGGGCCUUAACGAAGAAGACCAGGCCACCAAGUUCCAGGACAUCAACGAACUCUUAGUACGAAAGUGUUCCGAAGAGCUCGAAGGACUCGAAGCUGCGCGAGAGAAGCUUCAAGCUCGUAUCGACGACACUUACCGUGUUGUCAGUCGGAUGGAAUCCGUCCUUCGUGUGGUCGACCGCGUGGAUAUGCAGUCACUACCAUCCAUAGCAGGAUCAACGCUGCUGGAGCAAGAGAAGUAUUUAUUAACGCUACAGAAGCGUCUGUCGGGUGAUCUAUGGCAACGGAUGAAUGCUCGUAUUCGAGUCUCCGAAGGAAUUCGAGAGCUAGCAGCUGGUCUCCAAGUCAGAUCAAUUGAGGAUUUCUACCAUGUUUCUCGAGACGAAGUUGGUCACUUCAACGCGGACUAUGAACAUUUAUCGGAUGCAGAACUGGUUGUAUGGAAACGUUUUCAGAAGAAUAAGGACGAUGCAGACACGCUUGACCAAGUUUUGGAUCGUUUAGGCGAUGGAGACAGCAUUUCCAGCUCCUCUGUGCAGCGGGAUGAACUUGUGCUUAACGCGUUGCUGAAAGAGAAGACCAAGCGGAUCGCAGAGCUGGAACAGGCGUUGGAAGCUGUCAGGACCGUGGCUAGGAACACGCAGUUAUCUCACGACGAUGUCGUGUCUGUGAUCGCUACGUUACGCGAAGCCGAGGAGGCUGAGGUGGAUGCCAACGGAACGGACGUGUUUGGGGAGCUUUGUGCUUGGAUUCUUCAGACAGGAGGCCAGCUUGAUGUCAGUAAGAAAGGACUGGAGACUCUCGCUAAGGUGUUGAGAGGAUUUGAAGAGAUCCAAGCAGGACGGUCGAACGCGAUCGAGUUUCUUCAUAGAACUCGAGAAGAAGCGACGAUGUUGACACAGGACGUAAGUGUUGGUGACGUGAAUGAAGCUUCAACACAACAUUGCGCGUUCUCGCUUCCUCCGAUUCCGGAAGUUCUGCAACGUAAUGGGAGCUUUAUGGACACUCUUGCUGUUGGCAAAGACAUGUUGGUUAGUCUAAGUAAGCCUGUGGAACGUUUGCUGCGCAGUUUGUUCUACUCGAUGAACGACGACUUUGCAGCCUUUGACAUCGACACUGAGGAGCAACGCGUGAGUUUCUUCUUGGGCUCAAACGACGAAGGACAGGAGGCGCGUCGUGCUAUUCUAGAUAAGUACGCGGUGCUUUCAUCUUGUGAGAAUGCAUUGAAGGAUGAGGAGAAAGAGACCCCGCCAGUCCCGACAAGCUGCAAUGACUCGUUCCUGUCCAGACUCGACCCUGCGUUCAAGACGUUCCAUUGGGUCUACUCCGUGUCGUUCGGGGAGCUCCAAUUGCAGAAACUUCGCGACUCAAUUGCAGACAUGGACGAAGUUAAACGCACAGUGACAAGCACACAGAAUCGACUGCGAUCUCUGCAGAAAAUCAUGAAGAUCUUUAACAAAAUCAACGAAUUCAAGGCCAAGAUCGCGGAGUUUGAGACCAGCGCCAGUCAGAAGGAGCGUCUAUUUGGCAACUCCCUCAGACUCCUAGAAGAAGAGCGCUUCCGCAAGAUGGCAGCUAAACACUAUCCCAAUCUCCUCGCCUCACUACGUAAGGAGGUUACAAGGUGGCUCGACAAUGAAGACGGAGAGUACGACCUCGGCGUUCUCGGUGAAGACCUUAAGAAUUUGCUGCUGGAUAUGAUGAACACCGACACAGGCCUCAUGCAUCUGGACUUGGGGACUGUACGACGCCAUUCGAAGCCUUUGACGCCCAACUCCAGCAGCUCCAACCUCCAAGCGACCGCCAAUAGUCAACGCUCUGCCACUCCUGCUCGUGCUCGAACCCAGUCAAUGAAUAACCGGAAGUCUCACUAGCGAUAUGACAGAUAUAUGAGUUGCAUAACAGCAUAGAGAUAAAGAGUAUUUAAAACCAAGC